GCAUGACGUAACGCCCAGUCUGAAAGUGCAAUGGCGAUAUUGGACAAUAACAGCCAUCGCGUUUGGGGACCACAUCUGUAUUAUGUGGCUAACAUUGAAAAAAACACCUCGAGCCGGAUGCGACACCACAUAUAAUAUCGGCACAGCCCACGAGCGUGAGUCUGCAAGCGGGGAAGGGGAUUUCACUGCCUCGGCGCGGGAUGACAGUUUAGACUAAAUCCGCUGGUGUGACGUGUAAACAGACACCAUGGCCACACAGGAACCGUCCCCUCCGUCGUCCAUGGAGAGCAAUAAACCCGGCUACCCCAAGAAAAUCCUGGGCAACAAGCUGGAGGACAAGCACCUGUGCAACUGCUGCCACAAUAUCCUGAGACGGCCCUUUCAAGCCCAGUGUGGACAUCGCUUCUGCUCCUACUGCUUCAACAGGACUGUGAGUAAUGGACCCCAGAAAUGCAACGCCUGCAUUAAAGAAGAUAUUUUCGAGGAGCCUACAUCGGUUUUGAAACAAGGAUGUGCAUUUCCUGACAACGCUGUCCGAAGGGAAGUUGAAAGCCUGUCCGCUGUUUGUAUCAAUGAAGACUGUACUUGGAAAGGCACUAUUAAAGAGUACGAGAUGAAUCACGAGGGGAAGUGUGAGUUUAUGAUCAUCCCCUGCCCCUCCUGCAAAGAACGGAUCCGCUUCAACGAGCAGGAGCGCCACAACGAGCGGGAGUGCCCGGAGAGGACGCUCAAUUGCAAGUACUGCAAGGAGCCGUUUCACUUCAAAAACAUCAAGGCGCAUGAUGAGAUCUGCCCCAAGUAUCCGAUGAUCUGUGAAGGCUGUGCCAAGAAAAAAAUACCAAGGGAGAAGUAUGUGGACCAUAUCAAACUCUGCAGUAAAUUCCGAACUCCAUGUCGAUUUCAUGUCGUUGGAUGUGACAUGUCUGUUGAGAAAGAGAAGAUUCAUGAUCAUGAACGCGCUUACGCCUAUGAGCACCUUAACCUGCUCCUGCACUACAUUAUGGGGAUGAAAGUGAGCAUGGAGGGCCUGCAGCCCCAGGGACUGGAAAUAGCCGGACACAAACUGUUAGAACUCCAACAAUCCCUCAGGGAACUCGAGGCCAGAGUCUCCCAGCUCAGCACCACCUCCUCUGGGCCUCCCGUGCAGGGAGCUGCCGCCUCCUCUUCCUCCUCCUCCGGCACCGGCCCCUCUGGCCCACCUGCAUCAGCUCCUCUCCCUCCACCUCCAACUCUUCCUCCAACUCUCUCUGUGUCUACCUCGUUCACACCCCUGCCCAGCUCAGUGGGCGCAGCACUGGAGCUUCAGCUCCACAGCGAGAAGACCAAGGUGGCCGAGCUUGGCCGCAGAUGCACCGAACUCGAGGUCAAAGCGGGGACGUUCGAAAAUGUGGUGUGUGUUCUUAACCGAGAGGUGGAGAGGUUUGCCACAACCAUGGAGGCCAGCAACCGGCAGCAUAAACUGGACCAAGACAAGAUUGAGGCUCUUAGUAAUAAGGUGCGACAGCUGGAGAGGACCGUGGGGCUGAAAGACCUCACGGUGGUGGAGAUGGAGGGCCGGCUGAGGGAAAUGUCUGCCACUACUUUUGAUGGCGUCUUCAUCUGGAGGAUCUCAGACUUUGCCAAAAAACGACAAGAUGCCAUCGCUGGUCGGGCUCCUGCCAUGUUCUCACCAGCUUUUUAUACUAGCAAGUAUGGCUAUAAGAUGUGCCUGCGGAUCUAUCUGAAUGGAGAUGGGACGGGGCGUGGCAGCCACCUUUCUCUCUUCUUUGUGGUGAUGAGAGGACUGAGUGACGCGCUGCUCAAAUGGCCCUUCAACCAGAAGGUAACGCUGAUGCUACUGGACCAGAGCAACAGGGAGCACAUCAUCGACGCCUUCCGACCCGAUGUCACCUCCUCUUCCUUUCAAAGACCCGUGAGCGAGAUGAACAUUGCCAGCGGCUGCCCCCUCUUCUGCCCGCUGUCCAAGCUAGAUGGAAAGAACUCAUACAUCCGUGACGACACCAUCUUCAUCAAAGCCAUCGUGGACCUCACCGGCCUCUAGACGUCGUUAUGUUACGGUUUGGCGACCAGGCUGCUCCCUGACCAUUCAAGGCUCCUUUUCUGGUCAGUCAUGGUCCCGUCAGGGCUCCAUUGGGGGGCAUUGUACUGUCCCUUUGCCCCUCGCAGGAGAAGGACGUGCUCGCGGCCGUAUGCUGCACGUGGCUGCCGAGUCCAGACGGUGCUGGCAUUGUCAUACCUGGUGGUAUCUGUGUGAGAGCCACCCUCAUUGAUGUACAUUAUGGGUGCAAUCUUUUUCUUUUUAACAUCUACCCCAACGGGGCGAACAUCCUCUUUUUUGAGCAGCAGCGGGGCGUGAUUUUCGUGGUGUUAGCAGAGAGACGUUUCUUGCAACAGGUUGAAGAGAAUUCUUAUUUUUAAUCUUCUAAAAUUGUGAGCUUUCAGCUUGUGGAGAUUGUCUUAGAACAGGAUUGUAGAUUAUUAAUAGCUUGUGUGGUUAUUCUGAGAGAGCUGGCUUGCUAUAGAGGUAGAGCUUCGUGCAGUUUUUCCUUAUCGAAGGUCAAUAUGGAUAUCGUGAGCUUGCUUAUGUUGAGUGAAUUUGCAUAGACAAACGUGGAGUUACGUUACAAAUAAGAUAACCAGCUUCUUUUUUGGGUUUCUUCGCAAACUUGCAUGCCGCUGGAGAUUUUUUUUGUUUCUUUUAACCCGACAACUCCUGCGCUCAAAUUAGCUUCACGAAAAGUUAGUUAUUAAAAUGGGUGAUUUAGCUAUCCGUGAUGGUGGACAUUGCCUGCAUGUCUUUGGAACCAGGCUAUUUACAUGUAGAGUUGCGUGUUUGUUGCUGUUUAGGGUUCGGUGGUUCUGAUCGGUGGUUUGGUACAUCUGUGGAAGAUACAGCGGAGUUACCAAGGAGUCAGGGCAGCUUGCCAGUCAAGCCUGAGGCAUAACACUUGCAUGGAGUUCUCCUGCAGGAUUUGCUCACUCGCUCACAACUCAACACAUAGUACUGUGCCCCACCACAGACGUAGGUGAACACAGAUUCACAGGAGUUAAGGAGAUGUUUGUCUGUACUCAUAGUUUCCAGUGCAUACCGUACUUGUUUCUGCUGCUCUGAGACAGAAUACUGAUGCAAAACUAUUAGGUCAGUUUAAAUAAACCUCUCAGAGAUUGUAAAGCAUUGUUGUAGGUCUCAGACCGUUUCUGACAAUAUUUAUUGCUGAUUGAUGUUUAAUGAAAACAGAACAGUGCUUUCCCCUUUUUUGCAGUGACACACAUUUAACACACCUGCUUAUGCUGUCAUACUUCAAUUCGUGCACUAGAUGUCGCUGUUGGUGUGUGUUUCUCAUGCUGGGGUGUCGAGGUUGCUGUUGGCCUGUUUGGAAACCAGUUUUGAGCUGUAUUGAAACCUCUCUGUGCAUGGGAGGCUUCAAUUCAUUUUUGCUACGGAGUUUCGAGCCGGUUUACUCCGUGAGCCGCGCGCGGAAAGCCUUUAUUUGUAUUUGUUCGGAUGAGAAUACGUGAAAAUAGAAUAGUUAUUAUGUUAUAUCCGGCACUGCUCCACACCGGCAGGUGCCUAUAUAUUUAUAGCAAUGUAUAAAUAUGUAUCUUUCAUAUCAUAAUGUUGAAAUAAUCUAUAUAUUGAUGUUAAUAUACACAAGAUGUUAUAUUAAACAUAGUAUUACUGAAUACAUUAUUAAUUCUAUAAUUAUAGAGCAACUUUUUGUUGGAUGGUUUGAACAGGCCAGGACAACCUUUUUUUGUGCAGUGAGGACUUGUAGAGUGCAAUAUAUGAUCACAUAUAACCAUCUUAGCUUAAAGGAUUUAAACAGGUCACACUAUUUGUUGCCAUUUGUUUACAUUACUCAUUAUGGCGCUGAUGAGUCGGACCAGUUUUGAACUUUCUACAGAAAUUGGGUUCUUUUUGGACCGUAAAACAGACAAUUUCAUCAAUACAAGACACUUUAGCCGCUUGUUGUUUGCCAAGCUAGCACCUAGCUAGCAAGGAGAACCAUUUAACUGAAAUUGUUACUUUAUACACCGUUUUUGUUUGGAACUUUAAAAACUUUUUUAAUAACGUCUUUAAGGAUGUAAAAAGUCACUUUCUUAAACCUUGAGUGUGCUUGUACCGUGCCAAAAUCUAAUAUUACCUCUAUAUGCUAACAAUGUACUGCGAGAUGUAUUUUAUGUUCUAUGCUAAGAUACGGUGCCAAAUAUGUUUUUAUUAAGUUGGGAUUUCUAUGUUGGCAAGCAUGAUGCUUUUUUUUAUACGAUGCAUGGGGCCAUUACUACUAGAAGUAACUCAUUUAAACCCAUAAAUUGGUCCUCAUAUGACAGAAGUUUCUGAAUGUACGCAUUAAUUCUGCAGUUUUUCUUAUUUUGAAACUUUCCUUGUCUGUCAAUGCAAAAGACUGGAACCAACUUUAUUUGUGCACUUUGUAUCACUUGUCAGCAGGGUAUAUACAUAUUUUGUUGAUUAUGUACCUUGAAAUCAGAGCCAUUGAUAUAUCAUAUAUAUUAGCGAAGCACAAUAUUAUUGGCAUGAUACCGAUAUCGGCCGAUAUAUUAACUUACAUUAUUGACUACCUAUUGGAUACCAACAAUUCUAUGAAUAUAACCCACUUUCUACUUUUUUGGUAAGGAUUACGCCUGCACCAGCGAGUCACCUGAUGCAGGGGUGUCACACAGAUGCUAAAAUAAAUGAAUUGUUUAGUUUUUUUUUACUAAAGAAACAGCCAAACGGUUAUUUUUAAUAAAUGCACUGGACAUGAGGGAACAAACCACAUAGUAAGUAGGUAAGGAAUGAAAUAUCACUAUCUGUUGUCGGCCAGUAUCAGCCAAAAUUUCAAUAUUGUGCAUCCCUAAUAAAUAUAUAUAUUUAUUCAAUAUGUUGAUGAUUGUUGUACCAUGCUAAAACAGCUCUUAAUGUCUGUAAUAAAGUUUGUUGGGUUUUGAUGUCUGAGCGUUUUUUUU